AUGAACUAUCAGAUUGAGAGCAGGAGGGGAAUGGGUUUUGUCGACUCCCACAACCUACCAGACAGAGGCCCGGGUCUGACGGCCCUCCCGCUCGCCUGCAACGUGAGCUGUGAUGAUCAAGACGUCGCUGGUGGACUGUCUAGGAAGCUUGUCGCAAAGGCAGACGAGGAAGGGAUACAGCUGAGCCCAGAGGCGAGCGACACGACGUUGAGUUGUGAAGAUCUGGAAAUGUCCGAGAUUCAUGGGCCCGAGGGUGGGAGCAGCAGGAGAAAGUCGCAUGUAGAGAAUGACUCGGCGCAGCUGGUCGAUGACAGCGCGAAGAAGGCUGCUGUUGACACGUGCAACGGAGGUAAACGGAAGGCGGCGGCGUCAAACAAGCGGGGGUCUGAGGGUGAACGGCAAUUUAGCAGCGAUGAAAUUCAAGAUAAGGUUGAUGGGAUGAUCCAGCACUUGAGUGCUGGCAGCCUCGAGGUCGUUCAGGAAUCCCAAGAGACUCAACAUAGUGAGGAGACCGAGAGACCGGAGGAGCAGGAGCAGGAGCAGGAGCAAGAGCAAGAGCAAGAGCAGGGGCAAGAGCAGGAUCAGGGGCAGGGGCAGGAGCAGGAGCAGGGGCAGGGGCAGAGGCAGGGGCAUGAGCAGGAGCAGGAGCAAGAACAGGAGCCUGGAGUGUCGCAGAACGAUGGCUCUGGUGAGGCCGGCAAUGGUGCCAAGAAUGCUUCGAUGGAUGAAGUGCAGCAGAAAGGAAAGAUAGUGGAGGUUUCAGAAGAGAUCGUGGAUCAGAAUCAGAACCCACAGGCUGCCCAGCACGAACAUUGGAAGGGCGAGACGCAGGACGUGCCGGAGGACGCGAGCGACUGCGCAACGACUCGAGCAGAGGCAGCUGCUGGACCCCGCGAGCAAGCUCCGAGGCGCCUGACGGAGGAGCACGACAAGCAUGACUUCCCUCCUGCGAUAGGGCAGAAGAUUGACAUGAGCUGCUUCGGAGGGAGCGAGGCCGACCUGAGCAGGUCAGAGCGGCUGGUCCACCCUGUGCUGGUCCAAGGGAGUGCCGGACUCGGGAAGAACGAUGAAUGUCUAUGCCUGGACCCAAGGGAUGGUCAGCAGUGGUUGGCGACUAUCAUGGAGAUGAACAAGAACUAUGCCAAGGUCCACUACAAAGGCUGGAGCAAGAGCUGCGACGACUGGGUGACAGUCGACAAGAUCUCGCCGAAGCCCUCCAACGAGGUGCUGGAGAGGAUCAAGCUUUACAACGAGCACUCGAAGCUCAUGUCAGGGAACUCGAAGCUGCAGCAGGGCCAGGGGAAGGUGUCAGACGCGCGUCAAAGUGACGGCAAGGCAAGUGCUGAGGAGGAGAAGCUUGAAAGUUCCCAGCAGGUCCCCAGCAACGUCUGCCGAAGUCGUGUGAAGGGGGUCGAGCUUUGCACGAAACCUUGCAAGGAGUACCCCCGUGGCCAGUGGAGGGUAGUCAAGAUACAGGAGAAAGAGAGGAUGUUCGUGGGGACGUACAGCUCCAAGGAGGAGGCGGUGCGGGUGAAAGCGCAGCAGCGGGAGGAGGACGGCGAGGAGGUCAGUCCAGCCAGCUCAUCCUUGCGCUGUGUUGAUGAGGAGGGGACGGAGGCGGCAGCGAGCCUCCUUGGAGCUAAGGUUACCCUGGACUCCAAGAGGUCGACACAGACUACUGGCAGGGUGACCGCAUGGAUCAGCUCCAAGAACUUGUUCCAGAUCAGGAUGGACAACAAGGCAAGGACCGUGCAUCAUCUCCCGAUCCCCAGCAAGCACCUGACCGUCGUGUCAAAGUGCCCGGAGGCCCCGGCGGCGAUCUCCGAGGACGAGAUCCUCCGUCCCCUGGGCCAGCUGGAGGAGGUGCAGAGCCUUUGUGACGGGUUUUCGCACCGGAAUUUCAUCGGCUCCUUCGGGCUGGACCUGGCGAGGAUGCGGGCGCUGGUGCGACUGUGCCUGGGGCAGGGGAUCCUGAUCAGCCCAUUCAUCACCCAUGCGCCGGUCGAUGACGUCAUCAUGGCCUUACACAAGUGCCUGGAGAGCGGGGGGCAGUCGUUGGCGCAGGAGGAGGACUUCCCGUCGUCGUCGGACGACGAUGGCGUCCCCGUGGAGCUGAACCCUGAGCGGUGCGAGGGAGUGAGGAUGGUGGAGGGAGAGGAGGACAGUAUCAAUAAGUGGGAGGCGUACCUCGCUAUCGAUGGCAGGGAGUACACGCUGGGCAGGUUUGCAGUGCUGAAGGAGGCAGCAAGGGCGUGGGACAUGGCGGCUAUCCGGCUGCUGCCGAAGGGCACCAGGCACAACCUGCCUGACUCGCGCGAGUUCAAACCUGAGAAGGAGCUGUUCAAGACCCUGAAGGAGAUCAAGGAGAAGGCGAAGCGGCUGCGGCAGAGGGAGAGGGAGAGGGAGGCAAAGAGGAGCAAGGAGGGGGAGAGGAGGAAGGUUGUUGAAGUUGAGAACGUGAGGAGGAACGAGAAGCGGAACUGCACGCUGCAGCAGCAGGCUUCUCCUGGGAAGUGCAGGGAAAGUUUGGGGGCAGCGGACGAGCAGCGGAGCAGGAGAACGAAGAGGCCGCUGAGCUUCGAGGGGGAGGAGAAGGAGGUGGAGAAGAAGGAGAGCAGGAGGAAAGUAAAGCGCGAGGAGGGGGAGGAGGAGACCAGUCGGGGAGGAGGAAAAGAAGGACGAGGGAAGCGGGGUGAAAGAGAGGGUGCAGCAGCAUCAGCAGCAGCAGCGGAUGCGGAUGCGGAUGCGGAUGCGGAAACAGCAGAAUCAGCAACUGCAGCUACAGGAGCGACAGAAACAGCAGGGGAACGGGAAGUAGAAGGAGCAGCAAAUGGUGCUGUCAAAAAGAAAUCGCCACAAAAAGGCAAGAAGCACUGGAAGAAGAAAAAGAAACAGAGCAAGAGCAAGAGGGAGGAGGAGGAGGAGGAGGAGGAGGAGGGCAAGGAGAAGAAAGCGAAUGAUGAUGAUGAUGAGGAGGAGCAGGGCAAAGGAGCAGGGGGAGGAGGAGGAGGUUGUGAACCCAAAGUCUCCCAAGCAGCAGCCCAUCUCUAUCCUCUCCACUUCCUCUCCAAUCCCAGCCACUCCCUCGGCCUCUACCUCGGUGGACCUGAGCAGCAAGAGGUCCAACAGAAAAGCAGCAGAAGGACUUGA